AUGGAAGACGAAGAUUUUGUUGUGAUAGAAAAAAAAGAAGAUAGUUCCAGCAAAAUAAAGCCAAAUUUAUUUGGAGUCGUGACUCAAGUCGUGUUGGACGAGAAGUCGCAUAAUUUGAUAGAGGUUUUGGCCAGGCGCAAGAAAAGCACAAAACACAUCAACGAAGAAUAUUCAGAUGAUAAAGAAAGCAUUCGUCGCAGAUUGAAAGACAGUAAUCGAAGUAUUUCAGAACUGCUAAGAGAUGGCCGGGAACUUAUUCAAGAUAUCCAAGUUGCUAAUGAUAAACGCGAAGUUGAAAGACGUAUCAAAGAAGCGGAAAUCAGAGAAGAUCUUUUGGAGACAUUACACGGAGAAACAGUUGAAGCAGUUGCUAGAUUUGAGUGUAUUUCGGAGAAAUGGAAGGAGUUAAAGGAAUUGAAAGAUCCAAUGUGUAUAAAUGAUGAAUUGCACUUACAAAAGCUUCGAAUACAAGAUCUGAUGGAACAAAAGGAUAUCAUAAUUGAUGAAUGUCGGAAAGAACUAAAUGCAGCAGAUGAACGUUAUACAAAAGAUUUAAUUAAGCAAACUGCUGAUAUUCACAGCCUUGUCGAGCGAGUCGAUGAUCAAAUCGAAAUAAUGAAACGCGCGUUUAAGGAGCAUCUAGAUUUACUGGAAAAUACAAUUGAUGAGGAAAGAUAUAUGUUAUGCAUGGCAGCAUCAAAAAAGUGGGACGAUUUUUAUACAAAGCGUGCAGUAAAUGAACGAAUAAAGAUGAAACAAGAGAAAGAAAGAUUAUGCAGAAAUUUGUAUGAAAUUGACAGAAUUGAACAAGAGCAUAUUGAAGUAACGAGAGCAACACGUAUCAAACUGGAGCAAGACAAUCAAGCCCUAGAAAUUGAAUUACAAAAAGUUAAAACUAAAACUACUCUCAAUUCGGAAAAGUUGGACUACAAUUUUCAGGUAUUAAAAAAACGCGAAGAUGAAAACUUGAUGGUUCGCAACGCUCAAAAACGACGUUUGACCAAAUUGAAUGAAACGAUUUUUGUUUUACGAAAAAAAAUUAGAGAUGUCCAAAUGACGUGUUUGAUUGAAACUGAAAAACUUACGGCGGAUAUUGUGAAAUUGCAAACAAAUAUAAGUCAUAUCAAUUCUAAGGCAAACGCAUUCUCCGAAAUGAACGAUAAAAAUUAUACCUCCGUUUGGCAAAUGCAUAGGAAUGAAUGUAUAACCGUUUUGAAUGACAUAUUAAAAAUCGACGAAGAGCUUAUAGAAAAACAUUUGGGUUUGAAGUGGCAAUCUCCACCGAUGCCGGAUAAUCAAAUUCAACAUUUACUUCGUAAACCAAUUGGCCCAUCGAAUGAUUAUCAGUUAUUACAUGAAACUACUCCCAUAAUUUCAUUUGACAGUACGAAUGAUAUGAGGCAAAUAUGGGAUACUUUGCAGGCUGUUAUAAAGCAAGCUGGAUUUCUAGUGGAUUUCAGUGCCAUCAACAUGAUUGAAAAAAAUGCUCCAGAUAAACACCAUUUGGUGCGCUUAGAUAACAUAUUAAAUGCAAUAGGAGUGUCAAAUUGGGAAGAUGUGCACAAACUAAAACAAAAAUUUGAAAUUAUAAUGAAAGCGCACCAUACUGUGAAUUACGAAUAUUUAAAUGAUUCAAAUAUAGUAGAUGAGGAGCAAAACGAGGAGUAUUUGGAGGCUUAG